GCAUCGACAUCACAUUCAAAGUGUCACGCUGUAGGCUAGAUUAAUUGCGUUGGAUGCGUGAUGAUGCACGAGGAAAGAUCUUUAUAAGAUGGCAGAACCCGAAGGAGAGCCACUCGAAAAUCAUAAUUCCGACAAUUCUCUACCUCUGGGAUAUUUCUUUCAUUGUUUGUCGUUAUUGAUCGAGAUGAUAGUCUUAUUUUGUCGCAUGUUGUACCAUGUUUUAUGCAGCUUGUACCGCUUCGUCUUUCCAGCCAGUCCCAAGUAUGUGUAUGGGCGUACUGUUUUGAUCACAGGCUCAGCCAACGGACUCGGGAGGCUGCUGGCCCAGGAGUUCGCCAGGAGAGGUGCCCAGCUUGUUCUGCUUGAUAUAGAUAUUGAAGGAAACAAAUUAUUGGCAGAGGAACUGUGUAGCAAGGGGAGAAGUGCUCAUGCGUACUACUGCGAUUUGAGUCGAAAAACAGACUUGUAUUCCGUUAUCGCGCAAAUUAAACGGGAUAUUGGACAUGUCGAUAUUUUGAUAAAUAAUGCCGCUACUCUGAGUGGAAAACCAGUGCUACAGUGUUCAGAUAGUGCCAUAGAGAAGGUCUUUGAAGUGAAUACCAUGGCGUAUAUUUGGCUCACCAAAGCUCUCCUCCCGGACAUGCUCAACCGGAAGCAGGGCCACGUCGUCAACAUUGCCAGUCUGGCUGGGUUCGUGGGCGUCAACGGUCUCGCUGACUACUGCGCAAGCAAGUCUGCUAUCAUCGGCUUCACAGAGGCGCUGGGGUACGAGUUGAAACAGAUGAAGGCAACAGGAGUCCACCUGUCACUGGUCUGUCCGUCUUAUAUGGAGGAAGGCAUGUUUGCUCAGUGCAAAUCAAGAUUUCCAGCGCCUUUGAAGUCCGAGAGAGCAGUCAAGAUGAUACUGCAAGGAAUACUCACCAAUCAGAAGAGAAUAUUUGUACCUUGGUAUGCACAGUACAUUCCAGCGGUCAAGUCUGUUUUACCCGUCAGUGCCUUCACAGCUCUCUUGGAUUUCAGUGGAGGGGGUGGCGUCAGCUUUCUCAGGAACUUCAAAGGACCGAGGAAAAGUUAAAAACUCUCUCAGGAACUCUCACAGCUGUUCUUUUAUGCACAAUUUGAAUCCUGGAUGAUGGAAGAACAACAGUUCAGGGCACGUACAGUACAGUAUUCUGGUUGAAUAAAAAAGUUGAGUGUGUUGAAUACUUAAGCUGAGAUUAGUCUAGCUUUGGUGUAUCACAACUGUGUGUUAUUCUCAAACCAAAUCUCAUUCACUGGGUAAAGUUAGGGUAGACAUAUCACAAGCCUGGGAAUACUUUGAUUCAAGCUCAUAUGGAAUACGCUAUGUCUUCAAUAAUGAUAAUAAUUAUUAUAUGCCAUUUUUGUAUAGUGCCUGUCACAUCCAUCAUGAAAAAACUUUGUUUUAAUGUACUGUCCACUAUUAUUGCAUCAGGUCAUGAAUUAACAUGGAAUCUUCUCUAUCACACACAUACAUGUAGGAUGUGUAAA